AUGCUGGAAUCAAUGAUCUUCGAUCCAGAAACAAUUUUCAAUGCACCAGGCAUGGAAGCCCUGUGCAACCCUGACUCAAAAUUAUUUAAAGAAUUUGAUGCCGAUAAUACCGACCUUUCCAGUGAAAUUCUUGAGUCUUCAGCAGCACCAUUAAUUGAUUCGUCGCAGUUUUGCGUUGCACCAAGACCCUCAUCGUUUUCUUCAAUGCAGCAGCCCCCAUCACUACACGCAUCGGGCUCCACACGACCAGUUUCCGCAUCGUCGGUCGACAGCUUGGGACUCGCAUAUCUGGCUUCUGGGGGGAAUUCCCAGGUGCACAGCCCUAUUACCGGGCUGUGCAAUUUUGGAAGUGGCCAAGGGCCUGGAGUUGCCAAUCAAAAUAGUAGUGUCAACAAUACAUCAAAUGGCUUUUUUUCUGAGUAUACAAGUAAACCAGUUUUGGAUGGUGAAGAAGCGUCAGGACAUAGCUUAUUUAUGGCGCCUCAACAAAUGCUUACUACACACUUGGUGCCUUCUGCGUUUGAUGACGAUUUGGUCAACCGCUCACGCCAGUCAUCGUCUACUUCAUCAUUGGCAGCGGCCGGAGCUCAUGAAGCUUUUUAUUGGACUUCACAGGUAACAAGUCCUGUGGUGGAAGGGUAUGAAGAUGCGCGAGCAGCUGCAAUUCAACAGUCAAGCAAUGGCACGGUGGAGGAUAGCAUGAUGACAAUGAUGAUGAUGAUGCGAUGUAGGACAACAACUCGGACGGAAGAGACUCCCGCAGUGUUUGACGAUUCGUUGAUGGCCCACAUGUCGCAUUUUGGAGGGGGCACUGAAGACGAUGAUGCCGGGAAUGGCCACACGCAUACAGGGCUUACUUAUUUCAAUACUGGACCUGUGGGCAUGACUACGCUACCAUCGAAUAGAGGGCCUACGGGGCAGCUGAGUGCAGGGGUUUCAGGAAUUGAGGAGCCCGGGUUGAUGAUGAGUUAUCCGAGUGAAGUCGAGCUUACAUCGAUGAUUGGCACGUCAGCUGGGCUGCGCCCUGCGCCGCAGUUUAAUUUGGAUAUUGCGGCGACAGCUGGGCCCAGAAGUGUUGGAACAAAUGGCAUGAUUGUGGCUGGGCCUGCGACAACACAAUUAGAUUUUGCGGUGCCUGCCGGGACUUGGGUUGUGGCCGAAGAGUGCACAGGACCAAUGGGUGUGCCAGUUUUGGGAGCAGCGGGUGUGCCAGCAACUGCACUGGUGACGCCAACGAAUGGGAGGAGCCUUCCACGGGUUGGACGUAUGGAUGGAGCAGUAGCCGGAGCCGGAGCCGGAGUUGGAGUUGGAGCAGCCGCACCUACGGGCAUAAGCCGUGCGGCCCCGAGUGCAACAGCAUCAUCAACAACACGCAUGCGGCGUGCCAAUACUAGUGCAACAAGCUCAUCUCAUCAUAAUCGUCAAGUCUGUGGAGCGUCGCCGAUUGCAUUGUCACAGACUAGCACGAGCAGUGCGGGGAAGCGCGGAAACAAUUUGAGCACGAACUAUGAUGAUGACGACGACGCGUUGCUGGAACUUGCGCAGGAAUCAAUGGUACCUGGUGAAAUGAUUGUGCGGCUGGACUAUACGGAAGGUUCGGGGUACUACCGCGGCGGUGCACAUAAUCGGCGGUCGGGGGCUGUUGAGUCAAAUGUUGGUGCAACUACAUCUGUUUUUGCUACUGCUGCUGCUGCGGCGGCGGCGGCGGCGGCAGCAGCAGCUGCUGCUGCUCGUGAAGGAGGUGCCAGCGGAUCUGGUGGAGAUGACGAGCCAUUGGAUAAGCCUGGGGCGCAUAACAAGGGCGAAUUGGUGAAGCUGCGGUGUCCAGAUUUUGCUCGAUCGGCCAAGGGUGGGGAAGGAGGAGCGAUUUGGGGGUUUUUAAAUUUACGGCCACGGCGUGCUUGGAAGCGGUCUCGUCGGUACGAUAAUGGGUCCAAGAAUGAAAAUAAAGGGAGUCCGACAUCGACGACAACGACGACAACGACUACGGCUACGUCUACGGCAACGACCACGGCAGCAGUAGCAGUUGUUGAAGCAGGGCCAAGCUCGAGUAGGCGGCGCAGUGGAAAUGGGACGGAGGGGACGAGCGAUGGAGAAGCUGGAUCCACGAGCAAGGUGGAAAAGCGGCGAUCGAUGGGCAGCAGUGCUGCAAAUCGACGUAAAUCGGCAGCGAUGGCAGCAGCAGCAGCAGUGAGUGCCGACGGGACUAGUGUUUCUAGGACACGGUCUCGGCGGGCGCCCGAGUAA